AUGGACAAAAGCAAAACAGCUAUACGCCAAACGCUGUCCAUAGACCCAUUAUCCAUGUACGCCAAACCAUACCCCUCAUAUUCACCUGUCUUAUUUCCUUCCACAUAUUCACCACCAGAAACCCCAGAUUAUGACUCCAUAUUCAAAUCUACCUACCAUUUAGCCAGGCAAGCAAAUACUAAAAGAUCCAUUUCUCCUCAAGGACGGCACCAUUCGUCCCUGCCUAAGCCACAACAACCUCAGCCAUCCCUCCAAACUAGACCUCAUCCUCCUUGGAAACCAGGAAACUUUUUUAGAGACGAAACAUCUCCCAAUGUCCCUAUGAAAGAUAAGGGCAUCAAAGAAGGGUCGCCAGCUCCAGGACGAUCAAUUUAUACCCUUACUCUGGAUACUCAAUCACCCAGUGAAGAGAUUACUGAAGAAUCAGAAGAUCAAACUACUGAGACCCGUGAACAAGAAGAUGAGGAGUCUGAAGGUGAUUAUGAAGCAGAUCUUUCAGCAAUAGCCAUGGUCAACCCUGUAGAAGAAGAGGAGGAAGAGAUAACUUCUGAAAGGGACGAACCAGAAACUUCAGCUAAUCACGAUCAUAUAAGCCCAAUUGAAGUUAAAACUCCCAACAAAUGGUUCACUUUUGAUGAUGUCCCACCAGCAAGGUACAGAGAAAGGUUGAAUGAAUUUAGUGCUUGGAUUCAAACCAACAUGGCCAACCCAAAUCUCACAAGCAAACAAGUCCUUGCAGAUUUCAUAAAUCGGAUGACUGGCAACCUCCGAGAAUGGGCAACUAACCUUUUCUGA